ACUUACUGCUUAGAGAGCCCCAUGUGCUUGUGGGCGGGCAGGAGAAGCGGUACAAAGAGGCUGGCACCAGGCAAAACAGCUGGAGAAAGCGAAAGCACAGCGUCUGGUCCAGGCUGUCGCUGACUCUGGAGUCCUGCAUUUUGACAGGAGCAGCUGCUGUGGGCUAGACUGUUGGUGCGCAGAUGCUCUUCUAGCACAAAUUCCCUGCAACACUAAAAUGGAAAUCCCAUGAGGCUUUGGGCAACAGAGGGAGAGUCUGCUUUAUAAAAGUCCUCCACAUCCAGAAGAGUGACCAGGGCCUCUUGUGAGCAAGUACAGAGAUGGAAUAUCUGCACUAGAGGAGACACACUGAUCUACCCCGACACAUAUUCAGUCACCUCCCAUCUCAAGACAGAGUCAGAGAUGGGGAAAACCUGCCUGCUUCUGUUGCUUCUGAAAACAUGUGGAAUUCACAUGGAGGAAGCAACAAGGAGCCAUCAUGGCUGGGAGACCACGUGGAAAGGAAACAACUCCCAGUUCCCAAGUGAAGCUUGGAAGCAACACCUACCUCAAAGUAUCAUUAUAGGGGUACGGAAAGGGGGCACAAGAGCUCUACUGGAGAUGCUAAGUCUGCACCCCCAGGUGGCAGCUGCUGACUCAGAAAUGCAUUUCUUUAACCUGGAUGAGAAUUACGACAAGGGGUUGGGUUGGUACAGGCAGCAGAUGCCAAUCUCACACUCUGGGCAAGUUACUGUCGAAAAGACCCCAGGCUAUUUUUCUUCCUUCAAGGCCCCAGAAAGGAUCCACGCAAUGGACAGCUCUGUGAAGCUGCUUCUUAUUGUCCGGGAUCCGGUUGAAAGGCUGGUGUCUGACUACACUCAGAUCCUGCACAACCGCAAGGCACAACAGAAGCCCUACCAGUCUUUGGAACAGAUCCUCUUGAAGAAUGGUCAAGGACUCAACACCAAAUACAAGGCCAUGCACCGGAGCCUCUACGCUGUGCACCUGGCUCGAUGGUUAGAAUUCUUUCCGAGGACCCAGAUUCAUGUAGUGGACGGAGGUGGCCUGAUUCGGGAGCCGCUCUCAGAGAUGAGCCAGGUUGAGCGCUUCUUAGGACUGGAGCCUUACCUAGGCCCAGACAAUUUUUACUUCAACCAAACCAAGGGCUUCUUCUGCUUGCAGGCCAGAGGACAUCAGCACUGCCUGGACCAAUCCAAAGGGCGACCUCAUCCAGCUGUAGAUGAACUACUGCUGGAACAACUCUGCACAUACUUCAGUGAGCACAAUGAGAACUUCUUUGCCAUGGUGGGACGGACCUUCAACUGGUGCUGAGUCCUCUUUGAGGCUUGGUGAGAUAUUCAGAUAGUGGACUGGCUCUGGGGUAAGGCCUAUAGGGACAGGGGCUUCUGUGGUGGAUCUUUGUUCCCCUUGUUUUCUAGUGAACUGGAAAUGGACCACUACCAUGGAGAAGCAAUUCAGUGGCCUCUGAACCCUGAGGGAAAGAGCACAACAGGAAGUAGCUUAUAUAGUAGCAAUCAUAUCCCACCCAUUCACUCACGUAUUCUGAGCCUUUCAAUAUAACAGUUGGCUGUUUUUUUCCAGAUCUCACACCAAGUAAGACUAAUGAACCCUGUAUCUUAUAUAUUCAGAUGAUGCAUUGUAGGCUAUUGGUGAUUCAAUCUCCCUUGGAGUAUAUGUCCAGCAAUUGUGUGAGGAGCCAAACGCAGAAAAUGUAAACCAUUUGUUUACACAAUAAGUUUCCUCAUUCUGUACCUCAUACUAUAAACAACUGUAGGAACUGCAUCUCAACCAUUCAGAUCUAUUCAGACCCUUGGACCAUCCAACCCAGUAUUGACUACAUUGGCAGCAAUUUUCUAAGCCACCUCAGACAGAUAAAGGUCUUUCCCAGUUCUGUUACCCAAGACCCUUUUAACUGGAGAUACUGUGGGUUAAAACCUGGGACAUAUAUGCACUUAAUGAGGACUACUGCUGAACUGCAGCCCCUUGAUGGGACACAGGCCUGACAAAUGCAGAAAGAUCCCUUCAGGCAGCCUUUACAAGGUAGCCCAAAUUCCUCCUCAUAAUUUUCAUAAAAUCUGACAUUGUGUUGCAUUUGUGGCUGCAGAGCCAAUCAUAAAGAGCACAGGCAUCAGCAAAUGAGAGGCAGAAUGACUGCAUGGGAGACCUGAAUAUAGCAUGUUUGAUCAAACAUCCCAUUAACUGGGGCUUAUUCCCGUCUUGACUGAGGAUGGGAUUAUGACAUUUCCAGGGCCUUGCAUGCUCUCUGGGCAUGAAAGGAGAAGCUGCAGCAGUGCCCUUUCUAGAUCAAACUAUCUAGUCCUCAGUAGGUUUUUUUUUUUUUUUUGCAAAAAUGCCAUUUAUUCCAGCUGCAGCAGCUCUCAAGAUUGCUUCAACCAGGGCAAACAGCAAAUGGUUUUUGGACACAUGGUUCUUGCUGAAGCCAAGAACAGUGCACAAAGGGUGCAGAAGCAUUCUGGUUGAAACAAGCUUGUAAUGUAUGUUCAAAUACUUGGAGUAAGCCUUAUUGAAUUUGAUUGGAUAGGCAAUCAUAGGCCAUAGGCCUAGUUUGUAUUGCACACGCACAAGUGGCAAAAGCAAGUAAAAACUUUUAGCAGAUACAUCUAGUAUUCCCUUGAACUAAAUCACACAGGUGCUACUGAAAGAGAAUAUCCUGGAACCCCUGUGGAUUCAACUGCAGACGUAGCUGCUUCUGUGGAACUAUAUAUUUCCAACUCAGUUCUAUACCCUAUCAAACAAUACCUUUGUCUGUGGGAAACUAAGUGUGAUUUCUGCAGAAAAGUGAGUCAGAACAAGAGGGAAUUGGGAGGCUGAGGUUGCCCCAGUGAUCACUGAAGGAUUCUUACACUUUUACACCCAGUUUUCCCCAGUGCCUUUUUCAAACAGUAAAGGUGUAAGGAAGGCAUCAGAGAAAGAUCUCACCUGUUCCUGAAAAACUGACAGGCAUUCAGCAUCAUCUGCUCAUGACCAAUCCAGCCAUGCAGAUACCAUACAGACUGAAGUACUCUGCUCAGUGGAAAGUCUUGCAACAGGUUCUUGGUCUUCAACUCACAAGAACUAAGGAAGACACCUCAUGCCAGUCUUCUCUUCACAAUAAUGCAUACCAACACAAGCUUUCCUUUCUUGUCUACUUCUUAGAGAACCAGUUCCUUACAAACAAUGAAUUCAUUGCUCUUCAUAAGUCUGCCAGAGACUGAGAUAGAAAGUAGCGUGCUUAUUGCUGGAGACUGACGAUCAGGUUUGCUUAUCUUAGUUUAGUGUUCCAUAGGAGUGCCAUUCCUGGAACUCAGUCAAUAAAUACCCUAUUACGAUGUAUAUUCCCCUAUUGAUUAUGCCAGUUUUCUGUCCCACAGCAAUGUGAAACACCACUGCAUUUUUUAGUAAAAGGGGCAUCUGAAAACA